AUGAUUAACAAACACGAGAUCACAAUGGGCUGCCAUGCCCUAAUCCCUGGCUACCGUACUGAAUAUGGCUACGUCCCAACGCAAGCAGCGGGAAUCGCAUUCCUCACGCUCUUCGGGGUGUCAUUUAUCCUUCAUACGGUUCAAUUCUGCUGGAAGCGCACAUGGUGGUGUUCGGUGUUUGCUGUCGGAUGCAUCACGGAAUUGAUCGGGUGGGGCGGCCGGACAUGGUCAUCAUCUUGUCCCUAUAACGGCACUGCCUUCCUGAUGCAGAUUUCCACCCUCAUUAUCGCCCCGGUCUUCUUCACUGCAGGCAUCUACAUUCUCCUAGGCCGCUUCAUCCAGAUCCUCGGGCGGGACUCUUCGAUCCUCAGCCCAAAGUGGUACCUCUGGAUCUUUGUGACUUGCGACGUGAUCUCGCUAGUCAUCCAAGCCAUCGGUGGCGGCAUGGCCUCCGCAGCCGUCGGAGGCAAUGGUAACACUGCGGUCGGCACGCACAUUAUGGUAGCGGGCAUCAUAUUCCAACUGGUCUCCAUCACGAUCUUCGUAUUCUUCGCGGUGGACUUUGUGCGCCGCACGAUCCGCUACCGCAUGCUGCAGACGUUGACGCGGUCAGUUGUACCAUUGCUGGUUGCCAUGGUCAUUUCUCUGCUCUGCAUCUAUGCUCGGAGUAUCUAUCGUACGAUCGAGCUGUUGCAGGGCUGGUCCGGAUUCCUUAUUACUCAUGAGAAGUACUUUAUUGCGCUGGACGGCACCAUGAUGGUUGUUGCCGUUGGGAUUUUUAAUGUCUUGCAUCCUGGUUGGUUGCUCCCCGACUCGGGGACGGCGUCCACGAUUAAGAGCGAGGGGUCUAACGACGGAAUGGAGAUGUAUAUCUCGGACCGGACAUAG